GACUCUGGCCGUUAGAGAUCAGUAUCGAAAAAAACUCCAAUUCAACAUGAAGGUCUUCAUUGUGUUCGCUAUGCUGUUGGCAGCCGUUUGCGCUUUGCCUCAGUUCGGUAAUCCCUACUACGGUGGCGGUUUUGGUCGUCCUGGAUUUGGCGGUGGCGGCUUUGGACGCCCUGGUUUUGGUGGUCCCGGCUUUGGUGGCGGUUUUGGCCGUCCCGGUUUUGGUGGUGGCUUCCCCGUACGUGGUGGCGGCGGUGGUGCCGCCUCAGCUGCUGCCUCGUCUUCGGCUAGCGCUGCUGGCGGUGGUGGCCGUUUCGGUGGCGGUGGUGCUGCCUCGGCUUCUGCAUCAGCUUCCGCCUCAGCUGCUGGUGGUGGCUUCCGCGGUUAAAUCGAAUGCCAGGAAUCAAAAGAAUUUUU